AUUCUUCAUAGAAAUCAUAGCUAUUAAGAAUUCUUGAAUUAAAUUUCCACCAAAUCAUUUAAAAAUUAGUUUCAAUUCAAUCCUCCCACUGAUCGCAUGGAGAAAUUCAAUAUGAACGAUUUCAAUGAAAUUCUUGAAAAGUGUAAAGAUCAAUCGCAACAGAAAAAGCAAGAUCAGACACUGCUACAACCAUUUGUGUACAUUCAACAAAUUCCAGGAAAGCAAGUUCGCUCAAAACUCGGACUUGCUUUUAAUUUCUGGCUAAACAUCCCUCAAGACAAGCUCGCCGCGAUCAGUGAAGUUGUUCAAAUGCUUCAUAACUCCAGCUUGCUUAUUGAUGACAUUGAGGAUAACUCUAUUUUAAGAAGAGGAAUUCCUGUCGCUCAUUCAAUUUACGGUGUUGCUAGCACAAUCAACUCUGCCAAUUACGUAUUGUUCCUAGCAUUAGAAAAAGUUCAACUUCUUGGUCAUCCUGAUGCGACAAAAGUAUACACUGAACAGUUACUCGAACUUCAUCGUGGACAAGGAAUGGAAAUUUACUGGCGAGAUAAUUUUCUUUGUCCAGAAGAAUCCGAGUACAAGCUCAUGACAAUCAGGAAAACUGGUGGACUCUUCAUGCUAGCAAUCAGAUUAAUGCUUCUUUUUAGUGAUAACAAAAAAGAUUUUACUAAACUUACAGCCUUACUCGGUUUAUAUUUUCAAAUACGUGAUGACUAUUGUAACUUAAGCCUUAAAGAGUACUCGGAGAAUAAGAGCUUUUGUGAAGAUUUAACAGAAGGAAAGUUUAGUUUUCCAAUAAUUCACGCCAUUCAAACACAGAAUGAGGAUAAACAAGUUCUUCAUAUUCUGAGACAAAGAACACGUGACGUUGAAGUGAAGAAGUAUUGCGUUUCAUUGCUUGAGAAGCUUGGAAGUUUCAAGUACACACGUGAAACUCUUGAAGCUUUAGAUAAAGAAGCAAGAAACGAAGUUCAACUGCUUGGUCCAAAUCCAAUAAUGAAUGCAUUGCUCGAUGAAUUACUGAGUUGGAGGACAAGUAGCGAUUGAGAAAAGCUUAAUGAUCGCCCUCCAAUCAAGAAACCACGAUUGAAAUAAUUUCUAAGUUAAGUUUUAUUUUUCUCAUUAAAUUUGAUGGCAAGAAAUCCGAUUUUUUAAAUUGUGAAUCAUUCUUGGAUACGAACCUGAAACAUACGACUUUUAUUAUCGUAUCUCGAAUGUCUGUAAUUGAACAAAUUAGCAAAAAUGUUCUUUUUAUAUAUCAGUAUCAAUUAAAAGUUAAGUUCGGUUGGUAAAUAACUGAAAAAAGAAUUUUUUAUUUUUCUAUUUCUUUAUAAAUCGAAUAUUUUCCAAUGUUCUUUAUUUGAUGUUUUAAUUAAAUGUCUUCUCAAAGAGAAUGAAUGCCAAUUGAAAGCAAUUCGUUGUCGUAAUGAAACUCAAGAAUAUAAAAUAAAUUGAUUGAUUGAUGUUAACUAAUUGUAUUGUUUAAGAAGCAUAUAAUCGAAUUUAAAUGUAAGAUUGCACUCAAAUAUAUAAAGAAACUAUUUAAAAUGAAGUUCUAGUCGUAAACACGAUUAAUAAAUCUAUUUUUUUAAAGCAUGCUUUUAAAUACAAAGUAUUGGAAGCCUCAAAAUCGAGAUAAUCGCACAAUGUGGCCAAAGCCUGAUACUUUCUAAGAAACAUCUCGUAAGACUUCAAUAAACAGUAAAUAUUUAAGUUGAUAAAAUGUCUGGUGGUUAAUUAAAACAUAACUUUUGAUAGAAUAAAAAUGUUGCACAAUUUUUCUUUUCUAAGAAAUCUUUAUGAAAUAAAAAAAAGUCUUUUAUUUAAAACAUCAACA